AUGGCGUCUGUCAACAGUGAGCAGUGGAGAGCCAUCUAUGAAAAAUUCUCCAACGCCCAAAAUCUUACUGACGUUAAAUCGCUAAAUGAUCCUAGAAAUGACCCGUUCCGCUCCAAAUACCAAGCUAGAGAAUUACUCAGAGAAAUCUAUUGCUCCCUGAAGAGUUUCGACAAUGUUUCGGACCGUGGUCUUGAGAUCAGUGAGCAGCCGCAGGAGGAGGCGGUGGACGGACUUCGUCAAGAUGUGUCCACGGAGGCACUGUGCGGGGACUCCUGUGAGGGCAUGCGGGUCGCUAAACUCGCUGCAGUAGAGUACUAUCUGGGCGUCAACCACAUCGACACGGAGGAGCUGCCUGCUGGUCAGGAACACUUGGGAAACUGCAUUUCAAUGCUAGAAAAAUGCACAGUGACGAGCUUUAACGUGUCUCUGAUUAUUCAUGUUAGGAAUCAGCUGGGUAUCCUUUGGGCUGGCUACGAUGAGACCGAGAAGGCUCAAGACUUCCUUGAGGUAGCCGAGUCCAACUACCAUCACUAUAUGAAAGACGAUGGGAGUCCUCCCAUUGACAUGACUGAUUACUUUUGUGCUGAAGAAAAUAUGUUGACACACCAGGAAAGAGUCAGAAGAUUUGAGCUGGCUUACACCCACACAAUGUAUUACCUCGCCCAGGUAUAUAAAAACCUUGGUCAAACUGAACGAGCCGCCACAUAUUGUCACAGUACUCUGCAGAGACAACUCAAACUAAAUCAAUACAAUCCGAUGGAGUGGGCUUUAAAUGCUGCCACGCUGUCACAGUAUUACAUCACAAAGGGCCGCUAUCUUGAAGGAAGACAUUGCCUUUCUGCUGCGACUGUUAUAUCUGGUUUAGCUGCUGACAUUCCCUCUGAGGCUGCAGCACAAGAAAGCGAGAUAGAGAGUGAACGUAGAGAAACACUCAGACAGAAGAGAUCUGAGAUUGCAAGAUGUUGGAUCAAGUAUUGUCUGAAUUUGCUGCAGGAUGCUCGGAAACUCCUGGAGGACAACAUUGGUGAGCUAGAUUCAGAUCGCCAAGACGAGCUGAGAAAUUCAAGACGACGAGCGGAAGAGGAGGAAGAAAAGGGAAGGAAGAGUACUCUGCUGUUUGACUCUGAUGACACUUUUGAAUCUAUUGCCAGCCUGGAAGAAAAGGUACAAUGUUUGUUCCCUCUGGAUUUUACUGAGGCCCGUGCUGUAUUCCUUGUGGGACAGAACUAUGUAACGCAGGCAAAAGAAUAUUUCCAGAUGGAUGGAUAUGUGACAGACCACAUUGAAAUUCUGCAAGAUCAUAGUGCUUUGUUUAAAGCAUUGGCCUUUUUUGAGGAGGACGUUGAACGACGCUGCAAAAUGCAUAAGCGGAGAGUUGACAUGUUGGAACCUAUCUGUAAUGAACUGAAUGCUCGUUACUACCUUAUGAUCCGACGUCAAUUGAUGUUUGAGUUGGCUGAGACAUACAAUGACAUGAUGGAUCUAAAACUCGCUCUAGCCAAUAGACAAGACGACACACAGUCCUUAGACAGUCACACCAUAAAGAAAUUCAACCAUCUCUGCUCUUCAUCUGCAAAGUUCUUUGAGAUGUUCCUGGACUCCUUGCGGUCUCCAGAGGGGAAGAUGCCAGAGGUUCUGGAAGAGGAGGUGCUCAGACCUGCCCUUGUGGCUCGUUUUAGAGUUGCAAGACUUCACAGCCGCCUCAUCAGCUCUUCACCAACUGUUCAACUGGACAAUCUUAACAAAGCUUUGGAAAACUACAAAUAUGUGGUUCAGUACUGUGAGGCUCACCCGGAGGCAGGAGCAGCUGUGGAGAUAGAACUGGAACUCAGUAAGGAGAUGGCCGGCCUGCUGCCACUCAAAAUCAAUCGACUCAAAGCAAGAAUGGGUUCUAAUAACUAA